AUGAGUUUUUUCAAGCGCUUUGUCCCAUCGAUAGAUAAAAACUUCCAGCAAGAGCUCGAAGAAAGGCUGUUCGAGCAAAGUGAGUGUCCCAUAGACUGUGGAACGUGUCACUUCAAAUACCCGUCCUCCAUCAAGGUGGACGAAUCGUCCAAAUUGUGGAACUCAUCUUCACCAUACGAUAUACAUAUCUUGAUACCCACCAACAAAAGCAACUGGGAGCACAAUGCGUUGGACGACGCGUCAUUGCCGUUUGUCCAAACAUUCAACAAGUGGGUCGACCAUAACGCCUCACGCAUCAGUGGGUUGCCCAAGCAUAAUGUCAAGGUUAACGUGUGCUCGUUGAGCUCACCCGGACUUGAAAAUGACCCCGCAUACACGGACGGUACCAAGGGAGACUUGUUAGUGUUGCCGCAGUUUGUGUGGAUCCGGAAUGUCGACACUUCGGAUCUCGACGCCGUUCUCCCGAUAUUGAGCAACUUGGCUGAGGCUACCACCAAACUGGAACUCCACUUGGGCCAAACCGGAGGCCUUGAGGUGCUGGUGGAUCCCAACCAGUCGUGGAUCUUUCUCUGCUCCCACCGGACGCGUGAUAAGCGGUGUGGUGUCACGGCACCCAUAAUCAAAAAGGAAAUCGAUACAUACACCCGGGACUUGGGAUUCUACAGAGAUUUUGGCGACGAGCGCCCUGGUGGCAUUCAGGUGGCAUACGUUAAUCAUGUUGGCGGCCACAAGUAUGUGGCCAAUGUACUAAUAUAUUUAAAAAGCAGCGGGAAAAUGGUGUGGUUGGCCCGCAUUGGCCCCACCAACGUCAAGCCCAUCAUCGACGAAUGUGUGCUAGGUGGAGGGAAGGUGUGGGUAGAUAACGUAAGGCUCAUUCAGAAGUUCAAACCGGUUGAUUGGUAG